AUGAACAGUGGAGAUGGAGAUAGCAAAUCCCAUCUCAAACAAACUACUCCUACUGACGUUACAUCAGAGUGCAAUGUUAAUUGUACAUCGAAGCAAUCGUGGGUGCACCGUUUGUCGUUGCACAGACCAGUGUGGCAAAAUGGUGGUAUUGCUAUGGACUUGACCUCGUACAAUAAUAUGUUUAACAUGCAUAAAUAUCAAGAUCGAAGAAUAUCAGCAAUUUUAAAGCAACACAAUGACGGUAUUGAUCAUGAGAAGUAUGUUAAUAUUUUGAAAAAAACUUAUCAAGAGGAUGAAACUGAAUUUGGUAUAAUGCUUUCUUUAGUGAAUAUUCUGAGUGAAACAUAUUCUUUCUUAAAUAGAACGCUGUGGUAUGCUGAUGAUUACGCAAAUCGUAAUUUAACGCUCGACAAACACUUGACUAGUGUCCUAAGAAAUAAACCACAUAAUCUUGAGAGAUACGAAACGAAUGAGUCAGGUUUAUUAAAAGGAGUUGUUGGUUUGAAGAAUACUUUACAUUCAAAUAUUGUUUUGAAUAAGACCAAUACCGAAGCCAAUCGUGCCGAUACAAAUUUUACAUCUAUUGUCAAUUAUAGCACUAAUAAUUACAAUGAUUCACCUAAAACCAAUAUAAGCAAUAAUAACAAUAAGCUAACAAUGCACGAAACCUCUGAAAUUGAUAAAUCUUUUACUUUAACCAACGUAACAAAGCAACCAAUUGCAGAAGCCAAAAAAGAUUUUAACUCUUCGUACUUACAGUUUGAUAUACCCCACUCCGUUUUAUCAUACGAUGUGUUAGUAUUACAUAACAUGGGCCCGAUCCAAUAUUUACCAAAUUCUAACACUCAAACUGGCUUUAGUGUAGAGAAGAACUCCGAAAAAACUAAUGUGGCUGAACGCUCUCAAGGAAAUUUGCCAGUUCUUUCUAUGAGCUCAGAUGGUACAUUUGUGGCAGUGUCUGUACCACAACACCCGUUGUUAGAGAACUUGAUUUUAUUCGAGUGUCAAAUUAAUCCUGCAGUUGCAAUAGAAAAAGCCUUAAUAUCUCAAUGUUCUGGAUUCUUCGGCAUUGACUUGUACUGUAAUAACAUUUUUAUUCUGUGA